UUAUUAGAAAUAUUCUCGCGAGAGUCCGACACCGUGGAACUAACAUGGCCGACAUGGGGAACUUUUGGGAAGAUCUUCGUAAACAGGCUCGGCAGUUGGAAAAUGAAAUUGAUUUGAAGUUGGUCUCAUUCAGCAAGCUAGGGACAAACUACUCCGCUCACAAUGAAUUUGGAAGCGUGCCUGGUGACGGAACACAGAGUCAGAGUGAAUCUGCACCUCUCAUCAAUAAAACAAGUAGUGAACAUAUGUUUGAAACCAUGGCAAUGGAAAUUGAACAGCUGGUAUCCAAGCUCCAAGAGAUCAAUGACAGAAUGGCCGACUACACACAGAACAUCAGUAUGAGUUCACCGAGUGCAGCUCUCCUCCACACGCUACAGCGACAUAGAGACAUCUUACAGGACUACACACACGAGUUCCAGAAAACCAAGGCCAACAUCACAGCAAUACGAGAACGAGAGGACCUCAUGGGUUCUGUACAAAGGGACAUCAGUGCAUAUAAAAAUUCAUCUGGUUUAAACCGAAGAUCAGAACUAUAUCUCAAAGAGCAUGACCACAUACGAAAUUCGGAGAGGAUGAUAGAUGAACAAAUCAGUGUAGCAAUGAUGACAAAGGAUAACAUGGGAUCACAGAAGAAAAUGUUGUCGAGCAUUUCACAAAGAAUGAAUACAGUAGCUAAUCGGUUUCCAUUGAUAAAUUCACUGAUGCAGAAGGUGAACCUGCGUAAGAGGAGAGAUACGAUAAUCAUAGCUAGUGUCAUAGCUACGUGUACAAUAGUUUUAUUGCUGUAUGCGUUUCACUGACGGGUUAGUUUUGUUAUCACAAUAAUUGUAAAUUCCAAGGAGGAUAUGUAUGUGUCCCUCAUUUAGUCCCUGCGGUCCUGUUAUGAGGGGAUUGCCAACGGGAUGGACAAGAAGAGGACACAAUCGUAUUAAUUAAUUUAAUGACUUUAACUAUACAUUUGCAGAGGUUUUAUUUUUUGCUAUAUUCACAGCUAAAAUUAUAUACCAAAUUUGCAGAAUUGUUUUCGUUCUCAUAGAGAGCGAAAGGGGAGUAUUGAUUAUUUUUUAAAUUAAAACCCUACAAAUAGGGUCAAAGAAAAAAUCGGACCCAACAAAAUAAAGCCUCAUCAUUAAUUAAUUCAUUUUUUUAUACUUAGCAAAAUAUUGGUUUAAUGAAAGAAGUUACACAUUGUAAUCUAACAGUAUAAAAAUGCUCUAUUUUUGUAUUCAAUGUUCGAAUAAUGGAGUAAGAUCAGGCACAAAACAAAGCUAAAGUAAAACUAGUGAUAUAUUGAUCCAGGUUUGAAGUUUCCCUGGUGCUUUUAGAGUUGUCCUCUGUUUUGGGGGUCAGUAUAAAUGUAUUGCCUGAACCGAAUUACUCGGUAGCCAAGCGGUCGUAAAACCAGUCAAAGGUCAACAGGUACUGUAUGGUUCUAUAAAGAGAUGUGAAUGGGAGGGUCUUAAUUGCUUUGUAACUUGUUUCAUACAUUAAUCUUGUGUAUUUUCAAAACUAUCAGAAAGUACAUCAAUAUCUAAACUGUAUAUUCAAACAAAUGUGUAAUUCUCAGAGAAUACAGUGUUAUUGCUAAAAAAAAUGCUGACAAAAAGUGUUUUUGAGAUAUGAACCACACAAUCUGAAUAAGUUGCACAACUCAUAAAACUCAUUAGUGACCAUGAUAUAUUGUAUUGUGGCACUAAAUUUUACUCAAUUUCAUUUAACCAUGACUAAUAAUACAUAUAUCAAUCCAUUUUGUUUUGUACGAUUUUCACAUAUUAAAGUAAAAUAUGUUCGGAGUAGUAAAGGAAGGGGGGCAGCAGGUCAGUUGUGAGGGGACAAUGGAUAGAUGACUAGUAUAUCCUGGUGAGGAUUUGGCUGUAUCAAAGGUCUUUCAUGUCAUGUCUUGAUAAAAAAUGGCAGGAGACAGAUAGAUAGGAAGAUAGGGGAACAUGUAUUGUUUGGAUGUACAGAAGUACAUCCCAGAAGUACAUCCAAACAAUACAUGCUCCCCUAUCAGUGCCAAUGUUGUACGUCUACAAACUGAUGGCUGGAGCCGAGUUGCAGGUGUAGGGCGUUUGAUCUAUGUUCCUGUAUGAACAGAGACAGUGUGUGGUGUACAUUGUACCUAGUGUUUCAGUUUAAAUAGUCCCCUAAUUUACAUUGUAAACAGAAACAUGGCGCCAUAGAGAAGUCCCCAAGCAGAAAGAAGAAGUAUUGCUAGGACAGACGGAGCAAUAAAAGAUGUUAUGAGGAUUUGCACAAAAUAGUGCUUCAUUAUAUGUAAACGUUUUAAGUUGUGACUUGAUUCUGUAACAAAUGUGUUCACAGAAUUAAGGUUUUGUAUGAAUUGUUAUAUUUUUUUUGUUUCAGAUAUUUAUGAUUCAUUUUUUUCCUUUAUUGGUCCUAUAAGCUUUGAGAUUGAGGUACAUAAGGUAUGGCACUGAAAUGCGUGAAGGCUGACCUCUGUGGUAUGAAAGCAUAUUAUUGUACAGUUUGUGAAACAACGGUGAAUAUAUACUUUAGGAAAAACCAUUGUUCUAGGCAUACUUUCAUUGUGGAAAAGUAAUGCCAGUGUAAUGUAAUGUACAUUUGUUCAAAUCCAUAUCAUUCUAUAAGUUUCAGGCUUUGUGUAAAAUCUAUCAGUAUAUAUGGAAGUGAUUUAAGGGUGUGUGUUGUUACGGAUGAAGUAUGGAUGAUAAUAGCUAUUGGUACAGCAACUCGUAAAAUUCUCCAAGUCGGCCAAUGUUCAGAAUUCGAAAAUAGAAUGAAGUAAAGAAAACCGUUUUGUUACAGAAAUGUUCAUAAAUUGUCUACUGUGAGAAUUUCCUGUACUUGUGAUGUGUGAGUGUGGAUCCUGACUGUAAGGUAUGCUCAUAUUGAGUUUGAUUCUCUGAUCAGCAUUCUAUGCUAAGUAAAGUGUGUUCGGAGCGGAACUGUGAUUAAUGUGUUUUUAACUUUUAAGUUGGAAUCUUUUUAUUAAAACUUUACUUGUGCAGUAUUUGUAUAAAUUUAAGGUAUACAAAUAUGUAUACCAAAUAAGAAUGUGGUAUAUUUCAUUUUGUGUUUAACAUUAAGUUACUUUGUAAACGUAGAACAGUAUAUUUAUAAUGACAGAGUAGAAUGGGUGUGAUUCGUGUAGCUACAGAGACAAACAGUUACUUUAGCAGUCAAAAGUCAGUUAAUUACCUCUUAAUUACAGUAUCUCUCCAAACGCUAUAUAUCUUUGAUAAGUUAAGUUAUUAUAGGAAAAUGUGUUGUAUUCUGAUUAUUUUAACCAGAACAAACGUCCGGAAUAAUCCAAAGUUCCACUGAAGGUUCACACCUUCAUGUAAAACACUGGGCAAAAUGUGGAGUACUUGACAACAUUGAACAGGUGAUAGACUACAAUGUCUGCCAUUGAUAACACGACGAAAGCCGACUUCCAUGCUUAUAUUUGUAUGUUACAAAAAGGUUCAAAUGUAUGAAAAAAAAAUAGUAAAUAUGUUAAUAUGGGUAUUAUGUAGGAAUUUAUUUGAAUAUAAUUAAUUUGUGUAUAUGAACAAUUCUUCGUAACAUUCCCCACACAUGCAUGUACUAAAAUCACACGAAAAUUACUCUUUGUGGCACUAGGUUUCAGUAAGAGGUAUACAUAAAUAGUUUAAAGCAGUGAGUGUGAAGCUCUAUAUACAGCCUUGUUAUUAGCCCCUUCAACCGGUACCGGAAGGGACGAAAAAUGGGCGCACAGUCCGUCGGCGUGAGCAUAGUAUAGCCUCUUCCAUACAAAUGACAUUUUUGUUGUAUUAAAGAUCAUCAGAUGGUGGAUUGUGGCGAUCUGAAAUAGGGCCUGGUGCCCCUACUUAUAUAGAGAUUUAGAAUGAUGACCUACCGUUUCAAUGCGCCACUUUGUCCAGGCCUUGUACUAAAUUUUGUCCGGUUUAUUAAUCACCUACAAAUAUAAAACGUUUUCAUACAAAUGCUUCUAAAGAGGAGAAGGAAGUGUCGCCUACUCAAAUAUGCUUCCAUGCCCCAUUUACACGGAGUUUCGGCCUUUUGUUCAUUUUUAAUAGCGAAGUCUGUCCGGUAGGUUGGAGACUAUAGCUUGCUUCCAUUUUCCAUUUGUUUCUUUUAAUUGCAACUCUGAAUAACAGUACUGUUACUGUAAUGGCUGCAGUCUAUCACGGGAGGAGGACUAUGGAUUGCUCACUCACUUUGCCUUGUUUGGAUAUUUUAAUGACAUUAUGCAUUUGGGACGUAAUUGAAAGUAAAUCGUUUUUAAUCGGAGGAAUAUUUCGCUUAAUAUAGUGAUAUAGUGCUCAUUUGAAAGUGGCUGUUUACAGUAUUGCAUUGGACGGUAACUCUUGUAGAAUUUCUUGUUCAAAGAAAUUCCGUUAGCUUGGGGGAUCCUUUGUAGAUGAUAGUAUUUUGUAUUUAUUUAUUGUCAUAUACAUACAUGUAUUCAUUAUAUACUUAUAAUUAAUGCAUACCCGCAAUAUUGUCGCAUAUGAUUGAAUUUUUGAAUGUUUUCUCCAGAUGCUCGCAGUAAUUUCUGUCAUCCAUUUGCAUUGUCUUUUCUUAAAAUUGCUACUAUAAAAGUAAUGGUUCAAAGAUAUCUAUCGUAGUUCUCAGUUUCCAUCAAAGACCCGCUAGCAUAAUAAUUCGGAGUUUGUUUCAAUAGAAUUUGUCUUUAAUUUAAGAUGGGAUCGGAUGAUACCUCUCCGUUAUUGGUAGGAAGCAUGGUGUCUUUCCGUUUGGAUUUGUUUCUCUUCUAUUCCCAUUAAACUUUUGAGUUCGAAGUUGACAAUAUGAUCAGCAUUUUUUUUCAAAAUUUAUUUAUAACAUCCACUUCUGUACGUUUUACGUUUCCUCCUCCCUGUUACCGUGUUGAAUAAAAUUCCUCCGAUCAUUAUACCUAUUCCGUCUUUGCAUAUUGCAGAGUUGUCUUCCCUUGUGAGCAGGUAUUGAUUGUUACGUCAUUGGUUUAU